UCAAAACUGUACUUGGCUAACGGAGACAGCUGCACUGUCAGGCAUCAACAACUCGAGCAGAAGUGAAGUUAUUUCACAUGUUUCUAUGUCAAUGAGAGCUUUUAUAAACAUCCGGAUAAAUUAUUUGGGUUAUUAGAGCGAAAACACAUCCACGCUGCACCUCAAUUGACAACCACAGUGAAGCUGUCGCAAAGAAAGGCAAGAAACACUCGGGGAAGAAACGACAAGAAGGCCUUCAGCAGACUCGAGAACUCCCACGUGUAUAAACAGACCGAUUUGCUUCUCAUCCUGUCCAUGUGCUGCCUUUAAACAAGUCAUGUUCGGUUCUUCGAGAUCGGGUGGUGUACGAGGUGGCCAAGACCAAUUUAACUGGGAUGAUGUUAAAACUGAUAAGCACAGAGAAAACUACCUUGGGAAUUCUCUUAUGGCACCUGUUGGUCGGUGGCAGAAGGGAAAAGACCUAACAUGGUAUUCCAAAGAUAAAAAGACGGGUGCAACACUGUCCAAGGCUCAGGAACUUGCAGCUGUAAGAGAGGCGGAACAGGAAGCAAUGAUGGCAGCCCUGGGACACAAGGUUAUCAAAAAGCAACCAACUGGUCUUACCAAAGAGGAUUUGGCAGACAUAUGCAAAAGGGAGGGAGCAGAUGGCGAGGAGAAGGAUGUGGAUCGAGUCUCCGGGCUUGGGAGUUCAAGUGUUGGGUCAAGAAAUGUGGUCCUCUCCAAACAAGAGAAAGAGGCGGCAAAAAUGGGACUGUCUGUCUUUACGCAUCAAAAAUCUGAUGGUCCUCAAGUAGCUUCCAAGGAAACUGCAGAGGGGGGUCAUAUGGAUCGGGAAACUUCAGGGCACAGUCGUGAGAGUCAGAAGAAGUCCAAAAAGGAGAAAAAGAAGAAAAAGGAAAAGAAAAUGAAGAAAGAAAAGAAGAAGAAACAUCGUAGAAGAAGUUCAUCUUCAUCCUCUUCCGACGAUGAGGACGACAGGAAAAGGCGGAGAAAGGACCACCACAGUCAUAAUCCAUCAUGGAGCAGUCAGACCGGAGCCAGGGCCCAUGACAGCCAUUUAGGAGGGGGGGCAAAGGGCGAGCGCCCCCCCCACUCCCCUCACGGCCAUCGACGCCAGUGGCGGCAUGACACAGAGUCCUCGUCCGACAGGGGGUCUCACCAGCACCAUCGCAGUGCCAGGCACAGGUCCCCCACAGCCUCGCCAGCACAAUGCCAUCGCAGGCGCCAUGACACAGACUCAGACGACUAAUGCCCCCGUCAACCUUACACUCAAACAGACUCACGCAUACACCCCCCCCCCCCCCCCCCAUUUCGUUCUUUUUUUUUUAAAUCCCUCCACCGCAAAUCCAGUGAAAAAAUUUCAGACACUGAAUGCUAGACUUUGGACUAGUCAAGAUGCUCAAGAUGCACCCGCCCCCCCUUCUGGAGAGACAACGCGAAUCGAGGAAGGCGGCCUUUGCUGUUUGGUUCCCCUUAACUUGGAAAUGGGAGUCAUGCCUAAGUUAAGGGCAUAUCUGAAAUGAUUUUCGCACAUGACCUCAAGAUCAGCUGUCUUUAACAUUGGCACAUAGAUGGCUUGAUAAUGGGGUUGGUCAGGUGCUUUUGGCAUCUGAUUCCAUGAAACGACAGCCACUGUGUGACUUGAUUACGUGAAAGGUCUGCAAUCUGACAUGAAAGUCGGGAAGUCGGGAGGGACUGAAGCCAGUGCACACAUACCUCAUCCUCAGACAAGUUUUUAAAAUUGCAAUGCUUCUUGCUUUUUAUAUAUUUGGACCCAUUAUCCACCGUUAGUGUGCUUUAACUCGAUUUCGCCAUCACAUUCAAUUCAACACACCUGAUAUGAAUAAACAGUUGUCUAUUAGAUA